AUGGCCGACACGGAAACCUUGAUGGCAGAAAUUGCCUCCGUGCCAUGGUCCAGUCUCUGCAGAAAUCACUCUCCGAAGUCAAAGACAUUCAAGCCGUUCAAUAGCUCUUCAACCGUUACACCGCUCUUCAUGACGACGCUUGUUUUGGCCCGGAAAAAAGCCAGGAGUGGGAGAAUUUUGUUUGCGGAAGACGGUAUCGCCAUCUACCCGUAUGGUCAACACCAUGGUCGACAAGGGAAAGGAGCCGGGGCAUUUGGAGGAGUGUCAUAUUUCGAACGCUGUCAGCUUCUCAGCAGCAAUUUCGACAUUGAGUUCAGUCCAAAUCGGAAGAGGGCAUACGUCAGGACGAACUGCAUCGCGCAGUGGAUGAAGCGCAGAGAGAUCUAG